ACUCUCUCUCUCUCCUCACUUUCUCUCUCUAAAACCCCUUUUCUUCCCCAAUUUAUCACGAGAUCCCCAUCUAUUUCUUCUCUUUCCUUUUUCUCUAUGAUAUUUUCCGUCACAUUUCGCCGGUGGUUGUCUUUCCAACUCCGGCAACAUUAACUUCUUUCAUUAUCAUUAUCAUUAUCAUUAUUAUUUCUCUCUUUACAAUAAUAAUAAUUUAGUUCUACAAAAUGUCUGAUUCCGGUAAACCGGUUGAAACACUCUCCGAUCGUCUCCGUAAGUCGUUAACUUACGACGCCGGUGACAACACCAACAAACCCGACUUCAAAGAACUCGAUUUGGGUUCACCGGUGUCACCGUUAACUGCUAGACCGGCGGCUAGCAGUAGCUCAAGCUCGUCCGGUUCAGUUUCCGGUCGGACCGCACGUGUACGGUCAGAUUCAACUGUUAAUAAUAGUAAUAAUAAUAAUAAUCACUCCGGUGAGUUGUCGGUUGAUAGCUCACCGACAUUUUCCGGUGGUCGGAAACCGGGUCAUACCCGGUCCGAUUCCCGAGGUAGCUCGGUUACUUCUCCGGUCGGAAAUGUGCUUCCGACCGGAAAUAUUGUUAAAAGUGGAAAUAUUGUUAAAACCGGAAUGAUGGCGAACCGGAGCUCGAAGCCGGAUGUUUUGAGUUUGGGAACUGGGAAUUAUGGGCAUGGGAGUAUAAUGAGAGGGGGGCCGGUUGCAAAGGGUGUGGUAUCAAGUGGUGAAAACAUGGUUUCGACGGCUUCGAAUUCGUUAAAUUCGUCGAAUUCGAUGAAUUCGAGGAGGUUGUUGAUGGAUCCGGAGGAGUUGAAGAGGUUGGGGAAUGAAGAGUAUAAAAGGGGGCAUUUUGUGGAGGCUUUGGGUUAUUAUGAUAGGGCUAUAUUGGUGGCACCAGGUAAUGCCUCCUUGCAUUGUAACCGGUCGGCUGCGUUGAUGUGUUUGAAUCGGUUGGUUGAGGCGGUUAAGGAGUGUGAAGAAGCGGUUAAGUUGGAUUCUGGGUAUGUCAGGGCGCAUCAUAGGUUGGGGUCUUUUCUUAUCAGUUUAGGACAGGUUGAAAACGCUAGGAAGCACUUAUGUUAUCCCGGGUCUCAACCCGACCCAAACGAGCUGAAAAAACUACAAACGGUGGAAAAACACUUGAACAAGUGCGCUGAUUUAAGACUAGUGCGCGAUUGGAACGGUGUUUUAAGGGAAAGUGACGCUGCCAUUGCUUCUGGAGCCGAUGCUUGUUCUCCGCUAUUUGCAUGUAAAUCGGAAGCACUUUUGAAGCUUCGGCAACUAGAUGAAGCAAGUUUUAGCCUUUUGAAUGCACCUAAAUUUGAAACAGCUAGUAUCCCUUCGUGUUCCCAAAUGAAAUUCUUUGGAAUGCUUUCGGAGGCGUACAUUUUGUUUGUUCGUGCUCAGAUCGACAUGGCAUUGGGAAGAUUCGAGGAUGCAGUUAGCUCAAUUGAGAAGUCAGGACAAAUUGAUCCUAGAAACGUUGAGGUUGUGGUUUUGCUUCAAAACGUUAAGUCGGUGUCUAGAGCUCGAGCUCGUGGAAAUGAUCUGUUCAAGUCAGAAAGGCUCACCGAAGCGUGUUCGGCUUAUAGUGAAGGGCUUAGGCUCGACCCACUGAACCCGGUCCUCUUUUGCAAUCGGGCCGCGUGUUGGUUUAAGUUGGGUCAGUUUGAGAAAUCGCUUGAGGAUUGCAAUCACGCCCUUGUUAUCCAACCGAACUACACAAAAGCACUUCUUCGCCGAGCUGCCACAUUUAGCAAGCUCGAUAGGUGGGACGAAUCCGUGAAAGAUUACGAGAUUUUGAGGCGAGAACUGCCGAACAACAAUGACAUUGCUGAGUCAUUGUUCCAUGCUCAAGUUGCUUUGAAGAAAUCUCGCGGGGAAGAUGUAAAUAAUUUGAAAUUUGGUGGCGAAGUUGAACUGAUUACCAAUCUUGACCAGUUCAAAGCUUCUACUGCUUCAUCUGGAGCUUCGGUUGUUCUUUAUAAAACGUCGGCUGAUCUUCAAUGCAAGCAGAUAAUUCCAUUUUUUGAUACGCUUUGCAGUCGAUAUCCGUCUGUCAGUUUUCUCAAGGUGGAUUUGGAAGAAAGUGCGGAUAUCGCAAAUGCUGAGAAUGUGAGGGUGGUGCCGACGGUCAAGAUUUACAAAAAGGGCAGUCGUGUGAAGGAAAUGGUUUGCCCGAGCCCGGAAGUGUUGGAGGCAUCAUUGAGGCAUUACAGUCUCUAACAGGACGCGGUCCGAUUGCAUGCAUGGCCUGCGGCCGAAUGUUGUACACUUAGUAAUGCCCAUAUAGCAUUUGAUGAAGGAGAAUAUGAUAAUUUUCACCCCCUCCUCAACAUACAUAUUGUUUUUAUAACCUUGUGACAUGAAACUAGAAUGGGGAUAUAAAGCUUUUAGCUUAGUGUUUUUUUUUUAAUUUUAUUUUUUAUUUUUCAACUGUUGGAAUUCUAAUUCUUUCAUUUAUAUUAGUUUACUUGCCGAUUCUGGUUC